UGUUUUUCAACGAGAGAAAUGCACUUUGGGAAAAGAUUCCCAUGAUCCCACAGUUUGUAGUUUACAGAUUAGCUAGCUGGCUAAGCUCAGCAAAUAGACAGAAAGAAAGCAGGAAAAAAAGUUCCAAGUUCAACAAGAGAGGUGAGAUGACCUCCUCUGGCCUCUGCCAGUCGGCACCUCUCAUGCCAAACCUGGAGCCAGGGAUGGGGAAGUCUGCAGCCAUGCUGGGGUUGUCUGCCGGGUUGGGGGGAGCAGAGAUGGAGCUGCAGAAGAUGCUAAUCGAUGAGAGGAUGAAGUGCGAAAACCAUAGGACCAACUAUCAGACACUAAAGGCUGAACACGCCAGCUUGCAGGAUGAGUUCAGCCGGGCGCAGGGUGAACUAAAGCGCCUGUUGAGUGAUAGACAGGCUCAGCAGGAGAAACUGCAGCUGCUGCUGGCGGAGCUGCGAGGAGAAAUGCUGGACAAAACCAGGGAGCUUGAAGAGCUUCGAAUGCAGGUUAUGACCCCUCAGCGGCUGGAGUUGCUCAGAGCUCAGGUGCAGCAGGAGAUGGAGGCUCCAGUCAGAGAAAGGUUCAAUAAACUGGAGGAGGAGACGGAAAAGUACAGGUCUGACUACAACAAGCUGCGGUAUGACUUCACCUUUCUCAAGUCCCAGUUUGACCACCAGAGAGAAGAACAUGCUCACAUACUGGAGGAGACGAGGAUCCGCUUUGAAGCUGAGAUCUCUCGUCUGGAGAAGGACCGGGAGGACCUGGUGUCUCAGUACCAGGGUUCAGACCCACUGCGUGAUGGGAAACGAGUGGAGGCUCUGCUGAGGGAGAAAGCGCAGCUCCACCUGCGGCUGAAGGGCCUGGAGGCCGAGGUGGCCGAGCUUCGUGCCCAGAAAGACAACUCGGGCCAGCAGGCCGAGAACGUCCAACGCAUCCAGAUCAGACAGAUAACAGAGUCUCAGGCUGCAGUGAAGGCGCUGGAGGCGGAGCGUCAGUCGUUGCGUCUGCAGCUGGAACGCAUGGAGAGCGAGCUUCAUCUGACGCACGAGCAGGACAGCCAGCUCACCGGACGACUGCAUAAAGCUGAGAGAGAGGUCAACUCUCUCACCUGCCAGAUCGAAAGCCUGAAGCAUUUACAGAAACUGGAGGUGGCCAGCGCCAAACUGGAGUGCGCCCGCUCUAAAGGGGAGUUGGAGAGGGAGAGAGACGCUCUGCAGGGCCAGACUGACGGUCUGCAGGCAGACGUGGAGGUGUUGAAGGCUGCGCUGGAGCGACACAAGGACGCUCUGGUGGAGAAAGAGCGGGAGUUAGUCAGGAAGGUGCAGUCCGCCCGCGAGGAGGAGUUCCGCAAAACUGCCACCUUGCACGAGGAAAAGUUGGAGAUGGAGAACCACAUUGCUUCUCUGGAACAACAGCGGGCGCUGCAGGACGCUGCAGACCACGCCCAGAACGAGGAAUGGGAGGAGCGUCUUCGUAGCGCCCAGCAAGGAGAAGAGUCCGUCCGCAGGGAACUGCAAAACCUGAGAAGCAAAUUACAGCAGCAAAGCUCACAGCUUGAGGAGCUCGAGAGACAGAAAGCAGAGGUCGCUGACCUGCAGCAGCAGAACCAGGAACUGGGUGUUCAGCUGGGCACACUGUCUCACUCUGAAAGUGACCUGAUGGAGACAAACCAGCAGCUGAGAGAAACGCUGGACAGAGUCAGGGAGGAUUUGAGGACGGCCCGAGCCCAGGCUGAGAGAAGCCAACACGAGGCAGAGAGGUUGGUGGAGGACCGUCGGAUUGAGUGGUUGGAGGAGAAACACAAACUGCAGGAUCAGGAUGCUGAGCUGCAGCAGAAAUACUGUUGUGUCAAAGAGAAACUGCAGAGGGCAGCAGUGGCCCAGAAAAAGAGGAAAACGCUUACCGAAAACAAAGAGAAAAGACUCCAGGAUAAGAUCCAGCUGCGGGAGGCCAAGAUAGAAGAGCUGGAACUGGAAGCUGCUGCAGCCAAGAAACGUUCAUCUUUCUCAGAGGAGCAAGCUCAACUCAAACGUCGGAUUAAGGAGCUGCAGCGACGACAUGACGAGUUUCGACGACUCCUAUUGGGCGACCAGGGUCCCUACAACGCUGGCCCCGCCUUCCUGGCCUCCACACCCACCCCCUUCCUCCUCUUUGGGUCUGAAGGGCCGUUAGCCAACAUUCCAGAGGAAACUCAUCAGAGGGAGCUGUCGCUGCUCCGUCGCAGGCUGGAGGACCUGGAAAGCGCCCAGCAGCAGCAGCUGGAGGAACUGGGAUCUCUGGUGCAGAGGGACAGGGUGACUUCUCCCCAGCCUGACCUCUGAACCCCAUCACUACUUCCUUUUUUGGACUUGCAUUUGCAAUACAGAGUGAGACGGUGUUCUGUUUGUCACAUCAAGCAUACCAGCAGUGUUAAUAAUGUGGAAGCAUUAUUUAUUGACUUAUUUCCAUAAAAAUUGACAAUUGAGAAUGGAUUUUGCCAGCGUUGAUGUGUCUGCUGUUACAGCGGCACCUUUUCAUUUUUUUAUUUUUAUAAAAUAACAUAUUUUCAUUUUAAUUGACCAUGACAUCCUCAGGGUUUGAUUUUUGUAUUGAGAUGUUUGUUAUUUACACACGUUUGCUCUGAAGCCACUGUUGGAAAAAAUGCAAAGUUUAUACAGAGGAGUAAAUAAAAAAGGCACUUACAAGCUGUGAAUUGCACAAUGUAUAUACACAUUUUUUUUUUUAUGUCAAUUCCAACAAGUUUAAUUGUAUUGCAUUGAAACUAUUGAUUUAAAAAAAUAAACACUUCUUUUUUUUCUGUGA